AUGUUGAACGUGAAGAGGACCACUCUGACCCGCUACGUCACCACUAAGGGCUUGGAGAUCCUGGCUUCGCGGCUGGGAUGGUGUGAUGAACACGUUUUCCCAACUGCAUGCCCUAAAAACCAUUUCCCUCGGACAGCUAGCAAAAACGAUCCAGCGGUUCAAUUUCCAGCUGUCUGGCGCGAUUGCUUGACGGCGAAUAUCGAGGUGGCUUCGGUACCCGAACUCAAAACACUGCACCGUCUUUGA